UAAAAUAAUACCUAGAAAUACUUCUCAUUGCCCUCUUAUCACUUUCUCUUCUCUCUGGUCUUCUUCUGCGAAACCUCAGAGAAAAUCCACCUCCACCGUCGACCUCAUCUCGCCUAACCCUAUCUCCUCUUAGCCAUCUCUUCCAACUCACCGAUGCUUUCAACCUCAAGGCUCAACCCCAAAUUUGAAACCCUAGUGAGACCCUAGCUAAGCCGCCGCGACUCGCGACCUCCACAGCCAAGCCACGGUCGCAACCCGACCUCCAUCGUCGAUCUCUACGGUGGGAUGUGAAGAAUGGGUUCGAAUGUGAUGCUCAUGAUUGCAGAGAAGAACAAGUUUCAAGGAAAGGCAUUAUCCCUGUCAUACACAAAGAACGCCAUUACUGCAAUUAAAGAGAAGUUCAGUUCAGAGCAGUUGGAAAGGUUUAAGAUGAGUUGUUUUGGUCAUUUACUACUGAUUGAGGACUUAAAGUGGGCUCCACAAAUUGUCCAUGGGUUGCUGCUGAGGAAGGUUGAUCCGAAGACAGUUAAGACCGUGAAAGGUAUUACAUUCUUGGUUGGUAAUAAGUUGAUUCAAUUCACAAAACAACAGUUUUGCCUCAUCACGGGGCUAAGGUUUGGAAAGCUCCCAUUUAUUCGGAAUCCUACUAAUGAGAAUUGCGCAUUGAAGAACAAAUACUUUCAGAAGAAUAAAACUGUGAGUCUUUCGGAACUCGAAAAGGCAUUCAAGGCUUGCACUGACGAGGAGGAUGUAGUGAAGCUUGGUUUUGUGUAUUUUGUUGUAUUUGUAUUGUUGGGUACAGAGAAACAUGUUAACAUGAACAUGAGGUAUUUGAAGUUGGCAGAAGAUCUUGAUGCAUUUGAGAAGUAUCCUUGGGGUGCUGUGUCAUAUGCAAAGACGCAUGAGUCACUUGUGAGGGCACUUUGUGCAGAUUACCAGCGAGUUAAAGUACCCAAAAGAACUCAAAAGAAAGCAAAGACAACAAUGACAUGUGAUAGGAUUAGAGAGUACCACAUUAAAGGGUUUGGAUUUGCAUUUCAGAUAUGGGCAUUUGAAGUGUUCCCAGCUUUGACUGAGCUGCAAUAUGUUGUGCACGAAGAAAAUGCGCUCCGCCCACGCAUCUUACAUUGGAGGAGCAAUAAUUUGGCUCGUUAUAAUGAGCUAAUGUCUCAUGUAUACGAAAACAUUGAGGUUGACGUGAAGUUCGUCCGUCCCACUGAACUUGAGAAGCAAGAAGCUUAUUGGAUUUGGGAUGACAGUGAAGAGGAUGAAGAAAAUGUUGAAAAGUAUGACGAUACGAAGUCCCUUGGUUAUGGUGGUGACGAUAGGGACGGUGAUGGUGAGGGUGCUGAUGAUGGGCAAGAAAAUACAACCAUCGACAUAGAAGAAGAUGGCCAGGAUAUAUCUUGCCUUCCAUCGUCAUUGAAGGGCCAUAGUAAACUCUCUUUGACUGACUUUCAUGGUUUGAAUAAUCAGUUACAAAGUACAAAGGAUGAGUUGCAAAAGGUACAUAAGGAAAAUCAGGUGCUUAAGAAGAAAGUGUUUGACUUGGAAGAGAGGGUAGAGAGUGAGUCUUUGAAAAAUAAGAAGGCUAUUGAGGGUUUUAGCAAGAAGGCUGCUUCGAUGGAACAACAUUUUAUGAUGGAAAUGGCGGAGUUGAAAAAAGCAUCUGGUUUGUUGAAUUGACGUGCUGAAGGUCCAUGAAGAAUCAUGGGUUACUCAUGCAUGAAAA